AUGUUGCGUAAUUUCCGGCUACUACCAAGGGAUGGGCUAAUGGAUGUGUCUUUGUCGAUGAUAGAGGAUAUUGACUUUGAGAUGGUUUAUGCUUUGCAUACAUUCACUGCUACAGUCAAAGGUCAAGCGAAUGCCACUAAGGGGGAGCACAUGGUACUUCUAGAUGAUAGUAAUUCCUACUGGUGGUUGGUCAGAAUUGUUCGGGACGCUUCAAUAGGAUACCUUCCAGCAGAGCAUAUUGAGACACCUACGGAGCGAUUGGCACGCCUUAACAAGCAUCGCAAUAUAGAUCUGGCAUCAAACAUGCUUAGCGAUAAUGCUCACGAGAAAUCAAAGAACCCUCUUCGGAAGGCUAUGCGCCGUCGUAAUGCAAAAACUGUCACCUUCAGCCCUCCGACAUAUGUCGAAGCAUCGGAAUAUGAAUACUCCACCGACGAAGAGGAAGGGGAGCGCGACUAUUAUGCUGAAGAUGAGGGGCAAGAUCAGGAGAGGGGCUCUAAUGAUAUUGAGCGUGUAGAUUCCGGUGGAAAGUCUAGCGAUGAGCGAUCUAGAUCGGGGUCAGAUUCAAAGAAUAGUAGUGACAUUUCUCGGGAUGAUGGGGAUGUAAAAGUCCGAAAGAACCCCGCUCCUGCUUCUUUGAGACAUCCCGACUCGGCUGUAUUUAGUGACGACAAAACCGAAACCAAGAAGCUUACUCUGACCCCAAAUCUUCUGCGCGACGAUGCCACUACCUCAGUUGAUCACGUUCGAGGUCGAACUUCAAUAGAAAAGUCGUCGAAGCGGGACGAUGGUAUUACCUCGCCUCAACCUGGUAGCAAGGAUUCCAGGAAGGCGAAGAAGGGUGGAAGUGUGCUUGGUAACUUGUUCAAGAAGAGGAACAAGAAAGGGAGAAAAGACGAGGAAGACGAUCUGGAGGAGUGGCUCCACAGCGGUGAUAGGGCUGAUAAGCAGAACGCCAGCAUCAGUUCAAGAGAGUCUGAGGAUAGCCAAAUGGAGAGUGUGAAGAAGGAUAAGGAGGAAUUUCACCGGCGUGAGGAACAACGAAGACAGCAAGCUCAGCAAACCCUGCGGAAGCAACAACAGCAACGGGAAGGCCCCCAAAAACCGACCGUCAACACCGGAGCACCUUCGACAAUACGCAGGGUUGAGUCUGGUGGUUCGCCAAAUAGUGCCGAUAGGGAGAAUAAGGGCGAUGUGGUUCAUGGCCCGACAGCUCAGCAAAAACAAUCCAUUGAGCUUUACCGUAAUGAUUCCGCCUCCAAGCCAGUUGCUGUAUAUGCUCCUUCCGGUCGAAAGAGGUCUACAUCAUCUGAACGUCGAAGCGGGGAAACAGAUAGAGGUCCCCCAGCUGAGGAGAAACCUGUUACUUUAUAUUCUUUUGCCGAACCAAAGGCCUUAGAAACCGCCGCAAACAAUGAAGCGGUUCGGAAACCUUCGGAGGACAACAUCAAACCAGCAUAUGUUCCAAACACUUACCAACCUGCUCCACAACCCAGUGAUUCCGGCAGCAGUGGGAAUGGAUCCGGAGUUAGUAAUAGUAACAAUGCUCACCAGUUCCAGGAACGCCUUUCUGAAUCGCCCGAGCAUAUUUCAUACCAUGAUGCUAUUUCCGACCGACCUGAUAUCCUCGAUCUUUCCAGCAGUUCAGAGAAUACGUCCCCGAUACACUCAUCACCAGAAAUAAUUGAUCGUGCAAAUACAUUGGAGUCAUCUUCACCCGAAUCUCAUGCUAUGACUCGCACUUGGUCAGAUUGGAGUCUAAGGACAUACUUUGAGGAUGAUAAUGAUGUUAGGGACAUGUUGAUUGUAGUUCAACAGGACAAAAGCAAUAGCUCUACGGCUAAGACGGAGCAUCCGGACAUUGGACCGCUGUUUGAAGACGCCAGCACCAAGCUCGCAGACAUCACAAAGCGUCUUGACGGAAUGCUUGGUGACUGGCUGCAGCGUAAGGGCCGGACCAGGCCUUAGUUCUGUGGUUUUUUAUCUUCAGGUUUCUCUGUGACUUUUUUCUUCCCCCCUCAAUAGCAACUACUAUUCCCCCACAUCCUUCCUUUCGGGUCUUAACUAUUUUAUUUUAUUUUCGUUGGAGUUAUGCUUUACCUUUAUUUCUGGUUAUUUUACCUCAGAGGAGGAUGUCAAAUGCGGGGGCUUUAACUUACUUUUAUAAGCGAGCACUAGAGGGAAGGUUUGGCAGGGGUGUUGGUCGAAAAUCACAAGUUUCCUAGUUUCUUUAUCCUAUUAUCUAUCUUAUUUCCAUUGGUAUCGGACGGGGUUUUGCGCAACGCAAGAUACCCGCAAGUUGCGUUAGCAGGUUCUUUCUUUUUUUUUUCCCUCUUUUAUUUACCGGCAGCGCUGGGCUGGCUAUUUAUAUUUUCCUUCCCCUGUUCCUCUGUCCCGGUGUUUUGUUCUCUCUUUUUUUUUUUCUUUCUCCUUCCUUUCUUUUCUCUCCUUUUUCCUUUUUUCUUUUUCCUUUUUUCUUUUUCCUUUUUCUUUUUUCUCUUCCAUUAAUUAUACAUCGUGGAUCGAAUAGUCGUAGCUAGCUUUAUGGGACGUUAGAGCUCUAGAGAGACGUGCUGGGAGAAGGAAGGAAGCUUAUGAAUCUGUCUGGAA